AUGGCUGAAGAGAAACCUGUUGCGCCAGAGGGGGUUCCUCCUUCUACCUCUUCUUCGGUCUCUGCCUCAUCCGCCACCGUCACAACGCCCGAUCACGAUGUUGAGUCUCAGCUACAAGCUACCCCGUCCGAAAAGGUCUCACACUGGAGAGUUCUCCUUGACCAGACCGGCGUUACCCAGGAAGUGCUGGAUUUCGACUACACCGGCCACGGCACUGCCGAGUCUCCUUACCUCGUCGAGUUCAUCCCCAACGAUCCAUGGAAUCCCAUGACCUUCAAAGACUCAUUCAAAUGGGCCAUCACUCUCAUCCAGGCCAGCGCAGCUCUUUCCGUCUCCUUUGCUAGUUCUGCUUAUUCGGGCGGUAUAAGUGAGAUCAUCAUGCAGUUUGACAUCUCCGCUGAAGUCGCCAUUCUGGGUGUAUCUCUGUUUGUCAUGGGCUUUGCUAUUGGUCCUCUCCUUUGGGCCCCGUUGUCUGAGCUGUACGGCCGCCAGAGAACGUUUUUCGUCAGCUACAUGGCUCUGUCCGCUUUCAGUGCCGGAGCCGCUGGUUCCCAGAACAUGGCUACCCUCAUUAUCCUUCGAUUCUUUGCGGGCGCUUUCGGCUCUUCUCCCCUGACGAAUGCCGGUGGUGUCAUUGCCGACAUGUUCAAGGCCGACCAACGAGGAGUUGCUUUUAGCAUCUUUGCCAUGGCUCCUUUCUUGGGCCCGGCUCUGGGUCCGAUUGCAGGUGGCUUCCUUGGUGAGUCCAAGGGCUGGCGAUGGGUUGAGGGACUCAUCGCCAUCUUCACUGGUGUUGUUUGGAUUCUCAGCUCUGUCGUCUACCCCGAGACAUACGCCCCAGUCCUGCUCCGCCAACGUGCCGGUGCCCUGAGCAAGAAGACUGGCAAGGUUUACAUUUCCAGGCUCGAGGCGGGACAGCCAGCCAAGAGCAUUAGCGACCAACUCAAGGUUUCCCUGCUGAGACCUUGGCAGCUUCUCAUCAGGGAGCCCAUCGUCCUUCUCAUCUCCCUCUACAUGGCCAUCAUCUAUGGUACACUCUACAUGUGCUUUGCUGCGUUCCCCAUUGUCUACCAAGAAGGUCGUGGCUGGAGCCCGGGCAUUGGCGGUCUGGCAUUCAUCGGCAUUGCCAUUGGUAUGUCUCUGUCUACUGUUGGAUCCAUGCUCGACAACAAGCGAUAUCUGAGGGCUGCUGCCAAGGCUCCCGAUGGCAACGCACCCCCCGAAGCCCGUCUGCCACCCGCCAUUCUCGGAUCCAUCCUGAUUCCCAUUGGCCUUUUCUGGUUCGCCUGGACCAACGGCCCCAGCGUUCACUGGAUUGUCUCCAUCAUUGGUUCCAUCUGGUUCGCGUCCGGUAUUGUCUUGGUGUUCCUCUCACUGAUGAACUACCUUGUUGACUCUUAUGUUGUUUUCGCCGCCUCAGCCUUGGCUGCCAGCUCCGUCCUUCGAUCUCUCUUUGGUGCCGCUUUCCCACUGUUCACCACCUACAUGUACCAGAACUUGGGUGUCCACUGGGCGAGCUCCAUCCCUGCCUUCUUGGCUCUGGCUUGCGUUCCCUUCCCCGCUCUCUUCUACAAGUACGGUGACAGGAUCCGUGCCAAGUGCAAGUAUGCCUCCGAAGCCGCGGCUGUUCUUGCGAAAAUGCGAGCCAAGCACGUCCAAGUCACCGAGGACCAGGCUAUCGAGGAGAUUCAAGAGCAGGAGAAGGAAAGACGAGAGAGCCAGGCACUGGAGAGAGCAGCCAGCCGUGCUAGCCGUGCCAGCCACGCUUAA